UAACGCCGAGUUACGCCCAUUCGUCACUCCCGCUACGUAACGCGUCACUACGCUUCCGCGUAGUAGUGACGUCAGUCUCGCGGGAUGAGUUUUGCGGCUUUGGGAUUUUCUGUAAGGCAGGUGGCUAGAAGCCUCCAGUUAACAGCUUUGCGGGAGGUACUUCAGACAAAAGGCAACAGAAACAUGAACAGCCUAGCCGUAAAGCAAAUUGUCAAUGACAUCUGCAAGUCUCCAGAGGACAAGCGAGAGUACAGAGGCCUGGAGCUAGCAAAUGGAAUCAGGGCCAUCGUUAUUCGUGACCCCACCACUGAUAAAUCUUCUGCAGCUCUGGAUGUUCAUAUCGGAUCCCUAUCUGAUCCCAGCAAUAUCGCUGGUCUUGCACACUUCUGUGAGCACAUGUUAUUCUUGGGGACUCAAAAAUAUCCAAAAGAAAACGAGUACAGCCAGUUUCUCAGUGAGCAUGCUGGCAGCUCCAAUGCCUUCACUAGUGGAGAACACACCAACUACUACUUUGACGUGUCCCAUGAACAUCUGGAAGGUGCCCUCGACAGGUUUGCCCAGUUUUUCCUUUGCCCCUUGUUCGAUGAAAGCUGUAAGGACCGUGAAGUGAAUGCCGUGGAUUCUGAGCAUGAGAAAAAUCUAAUGAACGAUGCCUGGAGACUAUUUCAGCUGGAGAAAGCCACAGGAAAUCCCAAUCAUCCAUUCAGUAAAUUUGGAACAGGCAACAAGCUUACCCUUGAGACAAGACCAACUCAGCAAGGGAUUGAUAUCAGACAAGAGUUGCUUCAAUUUCAUUCUACAUAUUAUUCAUCUAAUUUGAUGUCCUUGUGUGUCCUCGGAAGAGAAUCUCUUGACAGCUUGACAGAACUGAUAAUAAAGCUAUUUGCGGAGGUUGAGAAUAAAAAUGUGCCCCUCCCAGAAUUCCUUGAUAAUCCUUUUCAGGAAGAACACCUUCGGCAAAUGUACAAGAUCGUGCCCAUUAAGGAUAUCCGAAACCUCUACGUCACGUUCCCAAUUCCCGAUCUUCAGAAAUAUUACAAGUCUAACCCAGGCCAUUACCUUGGUCAUCUCAUCGGCCACGAGGGACCUGGAAGUCUGCUCUCUGAACUGAAGGCCAAAGGCUGGGUAAAUACUCUUGUUGGGGGACAAAAAGAAGGUGCCAAGGGAUUCAUGUUUUUCAUCAUCAAUGUGGAUCUGACUGAAGAAGGCCUGUUGCAUGUGGAUGACAUCAUUUUCCACAUGUUUCAAUAUAUCCAAAAGCUCCGGACAGAAGGCCCCCAAGAGUGGGUGUUCCAGGAAUGCAAGGAUCUGAAUGCAGUGGCCUUUCGAUUCAAGGAUAAGGAGCGACCAACAGGAUAUACAUCUAAGCUUGCAGGAUUGCUGCAUUACUAUCCCCUAGAAGAAGUACUGUCUGCUGAGUAUUUACUGGAAGAAUUCAGGCCAGACUUGAUAGAAAUGGUUCUUGAUAAACUGAGGCCAGAAAAUGUCCGGGUGGCAGUUGUUUCCAAGUCGUUUGAAGGCAAGACAGACCGCACAGAAGAGUGGUACAACACCCAGUAUAAGCAAGAAGACAUUGCACAAGAGGUUCUUGAGAAAUGGCAGAAGGCAGAUCUCAAUGGCAAAUUUAAACUACCAAUGAAGAACGAGUUUAUUCCUACAAAUUUCGAGAUUAUACCCUUGGAAAAGGAUGCAACACCGUUUCCAGCUUUGAUUAAGGACACUGCAAUGAGUAAAUUGUGGUUUAAACAAGAUGAUAAGUUCUUCCUGCCCAAAUCAUGUCUCAACUUUGAGUUUUUCAGCCCAUUUGCUUAUGUGGAUCCUUUACAUUGUAACAUGGCCUAUUUGUACCUUGAACUACUCAAAGAUUCCCUCAACGAGUAUGCAUAUGCAGCAGAGCUAGCCGGCUUGAACUAUGAUCUGCAAAAUACCAUCUAUGGGAUGUAUCUCUCUCUGAAAGGAUACAGCGACAAGCAGCAUAUCCUGCUCAAGAAGAUCAUUGAGAAAAUGGCUUCCUUUGAAAUAGACGAGAAAAGAUUUGACAUUAUCAAAGAAGCCUAUAUGCGUUCUCUGAAUAACUUCCGAGCAGAACAGCCGCACCAGCAUGCCAUGUAUUACCUCCGCUUGCUGAUGACUGAAGUGGCCUGGACCAAAGAUGAACUAAAAGAAGCUUUAGACGAUGUCACUCUUCCCCGUCUGAAGGCCUUCAUUCCUCAGCUGCUGUCUCGGCUGCACGUGGAAGCUCUUCUUCAUGGAAACAUCACAAAGCAGACUGCGUUGGGCAUAAUGCAGAUGGUGGAGGACACGCUUAUUGAACAUGCCCACACCAAACCUCUUCUUCCAAGUCAGCUGGUCAGAUACCGUGAAGUCCAGUUGCCAGACGGAGGCUGGUUUGUGUAUCAGCAGAGGAAUGAGGUCCAUAAUAACUGCGGCAUUGAGAUCUAUUAUCAGACGGACAUGCAGAGUACAUCGGAGAACAUGCUGCUGGAACUCUUCUGUCAGAUCAUCUCCGAGCCUUGCUUCAACACGCUGCGCACCAAGGAGCAGUUAGGCUACAUUGUGUUCAGUGGCCCCCGCAGGGCUAAUGGGAUCCAGGGUCUGAGAUUCAUUAUUCAGUCCGAGAAGCCGCCUCAUUAUUUAGAGAGCCGCGUGGAGGCCUUCUUACAGACCACAGAGAAGUCCCUGGAAGAGAUGACGGAGGAAGCGUUCCAGAAGCACGUCCAGGCGCUAGCAAUACGUCGUCUAGACAAGCCAAAGAAACUCUCCGCCGAGUGUGCAAAGUACUGGGGGGAAAUCAUUUCCCAGCAAUAUAAUUUUGACAGAGACGACAUUGAAGUUGCCUAUCUGAAGACUCUGACAAAGGAGGGUAUCGUGAACUUCUGCAAGAAUAUACUGUCCGUGGAUGCCCCAAGAAGACACAAAGUAUCUGUGCACGUUCUUGCCAGAGAGAUGGAGUCCUGUCCUGUAGUGGGAGAGUUUCCAGGUCAAAAUGAUGUUAAUCUCGCUCCAGCACCCGCCCUUCCUCAGCCCGUUGUGAUUAACAAUAUGACGGAGUUCAAGAGGAGUUUGCCUCUCUUCCCUCUCGUCAAAAGCCACAUUAACUUCAUGGCCGCGAAAUUAUGAUCCCGGCUCUGCAACGCGACGGCACCCGCUGAACCAGGCGCUGCUGCUGCUAAAGACAUGCCGUGGCUUGCGAGUGACGAGUAAAUCUGGUUGCAGUAGUAGGACUUUUAGUAGAACAAUAAUCUCUGUAGUAAGGAAAAAAAAAAAAAUAAUUAUCUGGUUGACGUGUUGAUUUGAUUGGUUGGUGCCACUUGAUGCAAACACUGGCAUUGGAUUGGGGCGAGAAGGACAACUAGACUUUUACAUGGAAAUAUUAUAUUACACUUAAUGCUGAUAUGUAAAUUAUUUAUGAACGUAGGAUUAUUCUUAAUGAAAAACAAAACCUUGGCUGACCAGACUGUUGGGUUUAGCUAGAAUGCCAUAGAUUUGUGCUGUGAGGCAGCCAUCUUCCCCUGCGCCAUGUGACUUCAUUGUUUAAAGGGAACAUAUACCCACCUGUAUACAAUCUUGCUGAGCAUGUACACAAGUUUUAUUCCCUAGCAGGAAUGUGUAACAGGAGCACCCACUGCUGUUUUGUCAGGGCGAGUGGGGAUAGAAAAGCCAAAGCUUAAUUUACUGAUGUGAUCGGGUGAGUAGAAAAGUGUCCGUAGACCCUUCCAGCAUCAGUAACUUGAACUUUUUUUGCCUUUCUGUCUGGUCCAACAGGCGGUACUUCUGUUACACAUUCAUGAUAUUAAAUUGCAAGAGUACUCAGAAGAGCAAUGUGAAAUUGUUAUAUGGGUGGGUACAUGUGCCCAUUAAAAGGCCAAUCAAGUCUUCCGCUUCGUGAUAACUGCGCAUGCGCCGUAAGUGAUGAAGAUUUCCAAAGGGAAGACCAGAAGAUUACGGAAGCGCUUUGGCAAUUUUCGUCACUUACGGCGCAUGCGCAGUUAUCACAAAGCGGAAGACUGCUCUUAACUGCACAUGCGCCGAUACGGCGAAUACUUACUGAGCUUACCGAAGUAGUUAAAGAUGGCUCCUGUGAGCUGCUGACUCUGCAACAAGGGGUAAUUACAGGAUUAGAGGCGAUUACUGGUGCAGGGAGGGGGGACUAUGGAGGGUUGGGGGGGUUGAAUUCUCCUUUAAUGUUAAUUAUCAUGUGAUUUGUUUUUUCCAAUUGUUAGUGAACACCGAGGGGCACUUUCUAGAAACCACUCAAAUACCUUUUUUGUUCUGAAAAAACUUUUUUUUUUUAAUUAAGACUUGGUUUUUAUUAGGAAACCUUUGUCGCAGCUGCUGAUAUUUUUAUGCAAGUCACAGAGCCGGGGGAAUUAGCCAACAGUAAAGUAGUGCGACUUCUCUUAAGCCUCAAAGCACAACUCUAACACGAUGCAUCUCCGCAUGAUUUUAAUCUUUCUAUCCAUCUGUUUGCAAUUUUAUGGCUCAGUUGGUAGAACGCAGACUCUAUGUAAUAUGCACAAACUUUUCCUUUGGCAACGUAUAAUAAAUGCUGAACUUUUUUUGGGAGGCCGAAAGUUCUCUCGUCUGGGAAUUGUCUCCGGCAACCACGGAGUUAAAGCUCCAUCUCAGUCUGUUUUCUCAGGUUUUCUCUGGUUUUGCCCUUUAGACUUUAUAAAUAAAAGUGUUUUAUUUAAAUGAAA